CCAAGCUCGUCCAUGAUUCGAUUGCGUCAUUUGGGAGUUUCCGUUUUACUUGCCCUGUUGCUGAACUGCCUUCCGGUUAGCAGCGGAUUAGUCUACCAAACAGACGAUGCCAUUGUUGUCGAAGUCGAAGACAUUGGACUUGAUCGUCAGGACGUGUCGAUAAACGAUGCUGAAACCACUACUGUCUCGAUCGAAGAACAGACUACCUUGUUAGCCAACAGUGUCAACCAGUUGAUCUAUUUAACGAACACUACGUUCACCAAGGCGAAUGAAUUGAUCAAUGUUACGACGACUACGAUGAUGACUACUAGCGUUGCAACAACGACGCGUAAACCACCGCUGGUUGAAGAUUCCAUUUUUGCCGAUUCCCAAUGCGGAAUUGGACCUGCCAAAACGUUGACUGUAGAAGAGCAACGCAUCGUCGGUGGAACAGAGGCCGUCGAAAACUCAUGGCCGGGCAUCGUAGCGUUGCGGAAGAAUGGGACGUUCAUCUGCGGCGGUUCGCUGCUUUCACGGACUAAAAUCCUUACCGCGGCUCAUUGCAUAGCUACGAUAUCUCUAAGGGACGUGAAAUUACUGACCGUAGACCUGGGACUUCACAUUCUAUUGAACCAAGCAGCGGUGACAAGGAAGGUCAAGAGAAUGACACGUCACAGGCGAUUUAAUUCCAGGACAUUUUACAGCGAUAUUGCCAUCCUGACUUUAGAAUCACCUGUGGAAUUUUCAGAGACCAUUUCACCAGUUUGUUUGCCAUCGGCAGAUUCAAAUGAAAAAUACCUUGACAGAGAUGUCACCAUCAUUGGAUGGGGAAGUCCAAUUGAAGGAGGGUUUCAAUCGCACGUCUUGAGACAGGUGACUGUUCAAGUCAUGAGUAACGCCCAGUGCCAGAAGUUCUAUGCUGGCAAAGACAAAAUCUUCGAUCACAUGAUGUGCGCUGCAGCUCCUGGCAAAGAUUCGUGUCAGGGGGAUAGCGGAGGUCCGUUACUCGUCCAAUCAUCACCUGGAUCUACGUGGAUCCAAGCCGGCAUCGUCAGUUGGGGAAUCGGAUGUGCAAGACGUGAAUAUCCCGGUGUCUUUAUAAGAGUGUCAUCCUUUCUGAGCUGGAUCCGGAGACACAUGCGUUCGUGAAUAUUCUGUUGAACCGUACCACAGAUUUCGGUGGUUAAUUCUUAAGC